AUGCUCGAUUUUUCACAUAACACCACUAAGUGUAAGGCUGUCAGCCAGUUGUAUGGGAGGUAAGACUGAGUCCAGAUCCUGUGGAGGUGUGCUGGGCUCUGCAGUGAAUGCUGUGCACUUUGAGGAGGGUGACAGAAAAGAACAGCACAUUCCUACAAAGCUCCUCACCAUAGUUCUUACACCCAAAGCAACACAAUGUUUCUUUCACUCUUCAAUUGGCUCCCAUUACCAACCUCCUGACAAUGAAAACACCGACUGUCUGCAACAAUAAAUCACUCCCUGUUUGUGUUUCAGGCUGCCUGAGCUUGCAGAAGCUAAAUUCAGAGACAUACUGUAGAUGCUCUCAAAGAGAAGUUAGACUUCCCAAAUGUGCAAAAAGAGGAAAGUAGAGUAGCUGCACGGGGUUAUUUCAGGGUAAGUUGAUAUUUAUCUGCUGCACAGUGUAAUAUUAUGAUGUUAUGCUUCCAGGAUUGAUGUGUGGAUAUUUAAGAAUUUUGAAGUGCUUGCUGCCUUUUAUGCUUACCUUGCAGUAUAGGGAUAGUAUAUCAAGGGUAUGAAUGGUGCUUUUAAGUUCUGCCUUUCCUGAUACAUUUUACACCAAAUGCAAUGUUUGUAGUCUUGGUAAAGGUGGAGGAGUCCAAGUUGGAAUAUACAUCAAGGUAAUCACAAAGUCAGAUUUUUCCUUUUGCCCAAAAUUGAAUUGCUCAUAUAAACAAGUCAGAGCUUUGUUAUUAUUAUUAUUAUUAUUAUUAUUAUUAUUAUUAUUAUUUAAAAAAGCAUAUUCAGUGUUUCCAAAAUGAACACUCUGUAGACCUCACAUAUGCCUUAACAAACCAUGAUGAUAAUGCUCACAAAAGCAACAAUUUCUGAAUCUGAGUGUUGUGCAAUAGUAAACAGUAUUAAUUUGUUAUAUCCCCAGGCAACUUAUUCAAUGGAUAAAUAUAUUCAGUAGUUGUAGCCCUAGGCAAAAAUAAAGUUUCUUUAAGAGUUUAGACUUAUUUCAGAAUUUUACACAAAUUUGCAGUUGCAUUCAUUUCAACCAAUUAGGGAGAGACAAAUUUAUUUAAAAGGCAUGCUGUCUCAAAACAUCAUUGCUUUUUUUAUUUUAUUUACUAAGUGUGUUUGAAAUCUUAAAGCAGAAACGGGAAGCUUCAUAAUCUUAUUGGAGUUAUUUUGUACUUCCAGUCUAUACAGACAUGUAAUAACUUGCCCAUCUUCUUAUACUAAUAGUAUAGUCUGGUAAUCAGCGCUAUUAUCAUGACAGACCAUAAACCUAAUCAGUGUCCUUACAUGUCUAGGAUACGGGAUGUGCAGUAUGUUUCAAUGAGUCAUUAAAAAAUUAUGGAAAGAUAUGAGAAGUAUUAAUAGUUAUACUGUCGCUUAAUUCCUAUUCUGCAAUGGAAGCCACAAACUCUUGACUAUCAUCCACAGAGGCUGAAUUUUUAUUAUAAAUGAUACACAGGUAAUGUAUGCAGAUUUGCUGGCCAGGUUUCGUACUGCAGAUUUAUUUUUGUUUUUCAUUGUAUUUUGAGAAGAAGCUUAUGAGAAACAGCCGAAAAGCCCUGAGGCCAAACAUAUGGAAAUAAUACAAGAGUGAGCUAGAAAUUGUCUCUAUGAGAGUAGUACCUCCUUUGGCUUUUUUAUUCCUCAUUUAAAACAAAUAUUCUAUAUUUAUUUAAUUUAAUUCAAUUCAAUUUAAUGUAUCUAACUCUGAAGGGAAGAGCUUGGAUUUCAACAGCCUUUAAGUUCACUGAUCGUCCGGUUAUAUGACCGUUUAUCCUUCCUUUAUUCUAAAGCAGACACGACCACUACUGCUGAAGGUGUAUGACAGGGUUGUGUGUGUGUGUGUGUGUGUAUGUGUGUGCCGGUGUGUGUGUGUGUAUGUGUGUGUGUAUAUAUCUGUCUAUAGUGGCCGGCAGCCUUUGUCCCUCAGCACUCAGACUUCCUGAUUGCUGUUAUUUGGUCAGCCAUGGCACCCGCUUGCUGCAAUUUGCAAGACGCAAGAGGUUGUGGUUGCGCGCGUGUGCGUGUGUGUGUUGAAGAGAGAGAGAAGAGAAAGAAGGAGAAGACGAAGGAGGAGAGUGUGGCAAUUUGGAGUAAGCACAAGUGUGUAUCUCUCUAAAUUUGUGUGUGCGUGUGUGUGUGUAGACAGUUCAAGUAGCAAUUUGGAGUAAGCAAGUGUGUGCGUGUCUCUGUGUGUCUGUGUCUGUGUGUGCAUGUGUGUGUGUUUGUGUGUGUCGACAGCUCCAGCAGCUUUUCGAGUGGCUACUUUGAUGUCUGACCCACUUUGGCUGUUGCUGAGUAUAAAGCUAUUUAUUUAGUUUCGAGUGUAUGUGUGUGUGUGUGUGUGUGUGUGUGUGUGUGUGUUCUGGUAUUCAUCGCCUCAUGAGGACAAAAGUCUGUUUACACAGUCACCUCAUGGGGACCUCUUGCAGUUUGGGGACCAAAAUUGAGGUCCCCAUGAGGGAAACCCUUUUAAAUGAUUGCAGGAGCUCCUCUGAUGUUGCCUAUGUGAUUUUUAGAGUUGGCCCAAAAAGCAUGUUUAUCCACUAGUGUGUGUGUGUGUGGCAUGCACAGUAGCCCCCUCUAUAGUUUUUGGCUGGUAAUGCACUUGUUGGCUCCACACACACAUAUUCCAAAUAUGGGUAGGAACCGCCUACUUCCCAGUCCCCAUUAGGAACAAUAAUAUCGCCGACAUAAUUUUGAGUGUUUAAGUUGUCUUCAGAGAAAUAAGUGCACGGUGGACACAGAGGAUUGUUUGAUGAAGAUGCAAAGACUCACAGGAUUUCUUUACAAAGGAAUGACAGAGAUGCAAAAGGUAAGCACCUAAGUUCAACAAACUUUUUACUACUGCACGAAAGUUUGUAAUUCAGACCAUAAAUACUAGGAUAACUCAGCUUAAACGCCUCAGAUGUUUUAAGACAUCUUUUUAACCAGUUACAAUUUAAUAAAAAGGAGACAAAUUCAAAUCAAAAUUAGUGAUAGGUAGGCUCAUGGUUCAAUACAUCAAGAAAAGCUAAUUGUUUCUCUUCAUAAGAUUAAGCUUCACGAUACAAAACUAGCUUUCAGAUAAAACUAUCUCAGCUGCAUUAAAACUUUCUCCAACUUCAUAGUAUCAAUACUAUAUAUAUAUAUAUAUAUAUAUAUAUAUAUAUCUAUAUAUAUAUACACACAUAUAUAAAAACAAAGGUCUGACUAAGGUAAUUUGUGUAUUUUUUAAAUACAAUUCAAACAGUCAAACGAAAUGCGAUUUCCAUCUUUUAAAAAAGUGAAAUUUGAGUUUCUAGAUGGAAAUUAUGACAACAUUAAAAUACUGACGUGAGAAUACAACUUCCUAUCCGUGGCUUUUAUUUUGACAUCAUGGAGGAAGUCAAGUAUGUUUUAAGUCUGAACGUAACAUCGAGCCACGGUUGAAAUGCAGCUGAUGGUAAUCAGGAAAACGGAGAGCAUGGUGCAGGAUCUCAGACACAUGCAGUAAGUGCCAGGUGUUUUUACAGACUUUUAUAUUUUCAGAAGUAAAGAAGAAAUGACAUAGCAGGGGUUUCUGAUUGAUUUGUAGUUUUACAGCUUUUCCACAGUGUCGACAUUCAGCACAUCAGUUAGCUAGCUAAGACGUUAUUUAGCUAACCCCUUUAGUUGGAUCAAAAGUUUUCACCUGUCCAGUGUCAGUUUGACAAAAUUUAGGUCCAGAUCAUUAAAAUAAUUACCAGAGACUUUCUAGAAGUAAGAUACAGUGUAAGUUUUUAUGAUUUUGUGAGAUUUAGAAGUUGGUUUGGGGUGUUCAGUGGGCAGUGAGUAAUGACUUAACAGAUGAUUAGUAAAUACUGUGUAGAAUAUGAGACUAAAUUCUCUAGAAGACUUCAGUAAUAAAUGAAUUAUAGAGUUUAUCGUUGGAAAAAAUAUUGGCAGCGUCUGACAACUAUUACAAAGAUUAUCAAUGACCUUGACAUCCUUUCAUAAUAUGAAAGAAAUAAGGGCUGUAUGAGUGAAAACUCUUACUGGUCUUUUUAAUGUAUACAGUGACUAAAAUGGUUACAAAUUCUGACUAAAAUUCACAAAUAGUCCACACUAAACCAGCAAUAGACUAAAAUUUAAUGUAAUGUUCUUUACAGCUUAACACUGGUUUGAAUUGGGUUUUGAAAUCAAAUGUAAAACACCUCUGCAUAUAUAGAUCUAAUACCAUUAAAGCCUUCAUAAUGUGACUACAUUUAUUGCAGGUUUGAAAUAUAUCCCUUGGUUUGAAAUGCCACCACGGAUAAGCCCUCUUAAAGAUGCCAGUCAUCAUGUUUUGUCAAGGUCUGACAAGAUAUCCAAAUUAGAGGUGAAGUUUAUCAAUGCAAUAAAAGGUAAGGUGACAGGACAUAUUUGUGAAUUACUCCUUAUGUAUACAAUUGCCAUCUCAUAAGUAUUUGAUGUAAGAUGUCAGGAUAAACUAGUUAAGCUAGAGAUUGCAGCUUUGUAUAGGCUUACUAUCUCUUGAGGUCUAAAUUAAUACACAGCAUUAAGGUCUCACUUUUCUGUUAAAUGUUUCUGCUAUCUUUUUUAGGACGUGGUGUAUUUGCAAAGACUCCUUUUUGCAAAGGAGAUUUUGUUGUUGAAUACAGGGGAGAUUUGAUAACGGAUGCAGAAUACAGCAGCAGAAGAAAACUUUACCACCCAUCAUGUGCUGCAUUUAUGUUUGCAUUUCAGUGGAGAGGGAAAACAUGGUGGUAGGAUGACACUCUACUAUCAAAGGGUUUUGACUUUCUUAAGAAAUACUGUGAUAUUUAGUUUCUCAUUGUCUUGUGUUUUGAUUUUUCAAGCAUUGAUGCAUCAAGAGAAGAUGAAUCAUAUGGGCGACUGGUCAAUGAUGAACACAGGUCUCCAAACUGUAAGAUGAAAAAAAUUGAGGUGACCGGAAACCCACACCUUUGUUUGUUUGCACUGAACGACAUUAAAGAGGGAGAAGAAAUAACCUAUGAUUAUGGAGAUGCUGACUGCCCAUGGCGAACACAAGUAUGUUGCACUAAGAUUGGCUCAUUUUUUAAAACUGAAGUAAAAAAGUAAUUCAAGAUACAUAAAAAUUUAUAUGUUCAAAGGUGGCUGAGGAAACUGUGAAAGGGUCAAGCAAGUCCCUCCACUCCAAUGUCCCAAAGGAUAAGCACAUAAAGCAUACUCGCCAAAAGGUACAUUGCAUCCAUCUCAGCCCCCAGUGAAGUGUUCUUAACAUGUGUUUAAUUCAGUGCAUUUUUUAUCAAGUCUAAUAAGUAUUCACUAUCAAAAUUUAUAGUUUUACAAUGUGUAUCAACAGGAGGCUAGGACCCUACUAAACUUCCUGGAGGUGGACAUCCCCAAUCCCUCCACCCAGCCGAAGGCUACCAAAGAUGACACCAUUGGUCAAGAUAGCACCUCUGAUCAGGUGAGUCAUAUUUAUCACCUUACAUUUCAUAUUAAAACCAUUCUUCUGUCAGAUUUGAUGUCUUACAAUGCUAAAAAGUGACAAAAUAGGGUAAAAAAUCAUGAAAUUCAGUUUGAACCAGUGCACUGGGCAGUCAAAUGUAAACAACAUAGAAGCUUGGUGGUUUGUAUAAGAUAAAGGUUUUGGUUUGAGCCUGCUCUGGAGUUUUCUUAUUGAUUUAUUAUCAGUGAAUUGUAAACACUUACGAUGUCCCCAUAAGACACUUUGAGUAAUUUCUCACUCUGGGUAGAGAAGCAGAUUCAGACACAUCUGGUCCCCACAAGGCAGCUUAAUCUAGUGUGUGAAGUGUCCCCACAAAGUGUAUUGUGUUUUUAGAAAAAAUCCAUGUGUAUUAUAAUGUAGUUAUUGCAAAUUUAUUCAAGUUUCAAUUUCUCCAAAUCAAAUAUAUUUUUGUUAUUUGAUCCACAGGAGACUAGGGGCCUACUGCAUAACCCGGAGGUGGACAUCCCCAAUCCCUCCACACAGCCACAGGCUACCAAAGAUGACACCAUUGGUCAAGAUAGCACCUCUGAUCAGGUGAGUCAUAUUUAUCACCUUACAUUUCAUAUUAAAACCAUUCUUCUGUCAGAUUUGAUGUCUUACAUUGCUAAAAAGUGAAAAAAUAGGGUAAAAAAUCAUGAAAUUCAGUUUGAACCAGUGCACUGGGCAGUCAAAUGUAAAGAACAUAGAAGCUUGGUGGUUUGUAUAAGAUAAAUGUUUUGGUCUGAGCCUGCUCUGGAGUUUUCUUAUUGAUUUAUUAUCAGUGAAUUGUAAACACUUACAAUGUCCCCAUAAGACACUUUGAGUCAGUUUCUCACUCUGGGUAGAGAAGCAGAUUCAGACACAUCUGGUCCCCACAAGGCAGCUUAAUCUCGUGUGUGACGCGUCCCCACAAAGCCUGUUGUGUUUUUAGAAAAAUUCCAUGUGUAUUUUAAUGUAGUUAUGGCAAAUUUAUUCUUUUUUUAUUUCUCUAAAUCAAAUAUAUUUUUGUUAUUUGAUCCACAGGAGACUAGGGGCCUACUGCAUAACCCGGAGGUGGACAUCCCCAAUCCCUCCACACAGCCACAGGCUACCAAAGAUGACACCAUUGGUCAAGAUAGCACCUCUGAUCAGGUGAGUCAUAUUUAUCACCUUACAUUUCAUAUUAAAACCAUUCUUCUGUCAGAUUUGAUGUCUUACAAUGCUAAAAAGUGACAAAAUAGGGUAAAAAAUCAUGAAAUUCAGUUUGAACCAGUGCACUGGGCAGUCAAAUGUAAACAACAUAGAAGCUUGGUGGUUUGUAUAAGAUAAAUGUUUUGGUCUGAGCCUGCUCUGGAGUUUUCUUAUUGAUUUAUUAUCAGUGAAUUGUAAACACUUACAAUGUCCCCAUAAGACACUUUGAGUCAGUUUCUCACUCUGGGUAGAGAAGCAGAUUCAGACACAUCUGGUCCCCACAAGGCAGCUUAAUCUCGUGUGUGACGCGUCCCCACAAAGCCUGUUGUGUUUUUAGAAAAAUUCCAUGUGUAUUUUAAUGUAGUUAUGGCAAAUUUAUUCUUUUUUUAUUUCUCUAAAUCAAAUAUAUUUUUGUUAUUUGAUCCACAGGAGACUAGGGGCCUACUGCAUAACCCGGAGGUGGACAUCCCCAAUCCCUCCACACAGCCACAGGCUACCAAAGAUGACACCAUUGGUCAAGAUAGCACCUCUGAUCAGGUGAGUCAUAUUUAUCACCUUACAUUUCAUAUUAAAACCAUUCUUCUGUCAGAUUUGAUGUCUUACAAUGCUAAAAAGUGACAAAAUAGGGUAAAAAAUCAUGAAAUUCAGUUUGAACCAGUGCACUGGGCAGUCAAAUGUAAACAACAUAGAAGCUUGGUGGUUUGUAUAAGAUAAAGGUUUUGGUUUGAGCCUGCUCUGGAGUUUUCUUAUUGAUUUAUUAUCAGUGAAUUGUAAACACUUACGAUGUCCCCAUAAGACACUUUGAGUAAUUUCUCACUCUGGGUAGAGAAGCAGAUUCAGACACAUCUGGUCCCCACAAGGCAGCUUAAUCUAGUGUGUGAAGUGUCCCCACAAAGUGUAUUGUGUUUUUAGAAAAAAUCCAUGUGUAUUAUAAUGUAGUUAUGGCAAAUUUAUUCAAGUUUCGAUUUCCCCAAAUCAAAUAUAUUUUGUAAUGUGUAUCCACAGGAGACUAGGGGCCUACUGAACAACAUGGAGGUGGACAUCCCCAAUCCCUCCACACAGCCACAGGCUACCAAAGAUGACACCAUUGGUCAAGAUAGCACCUCUGAUCAGGUGAGUCAUAUUUAUCACCUUACAUUUCAUAUUAAAACCAUUCUUCUGUCAGAUUUGAUGUCUUACAAUGCUAAAAAGUGACAAAAUAGGGUAAAAAAUCAUGAAAUUCAGUUUGAACCAGUGCACUGGGCAGUCAAAUGUAAACAACAUAGAAGCUUGGUGGUUUGUAUAAGAUAAAGGUUUUGGUUUGAGCCUGCUCUGGAGUUUUCUUAUUGAUUUAUUAUCAGUGAAUUGUAAACACUUACGAUGUCCCCAUAAGACACUUUGAGUAAUUUCUCACUCUGGGUAGAGAAGCAGAUUCAGACACAUCUGGUCCCCACAAGGCAGCUUAAUCUAGUGUGUGAAGUGUCCCCACAAAGUGUAUUGUGUUUUUAGAAAAAAUCCAUGUGUAUUAUAAUGUAGUUAUGGCAAAUUUAUUCAAGUUUCGAUUUCCCCAAAUCAAAUAUAUUUUGUAAUGUGUAUCCACAGGAGACUAGGGGCCUACUGAACAACAUGGAGGUGGACAUCCCCAAUCCCUCCACACAGCCACAGGCUACCAAAGAUGACACCAUUGGUCAAGAUAGCACCUCUGAUCAGGUGAGUCAUAUUUAUCACCUUACAUUUCAUAUUAAAACCAUUCUUCUGUCAGAUUUGAUGUCUUACAAUGCUAAAAAGUGAAAAAAUAGGGUAAAAAAUCAUGAAAUUCAGUUUGAACCAGUGCACUGGGCAGUCAAAUGUAAACAACAUAGAAGCUUGGUGGUUUGUAAGAGAUACAGGUUUUGGUCUGAGCCUGCUCUGGAGUUUUCUUAUUGAUUUAUUAUCAGUGAAUUGUAAACACUUACAAUGUCCCCAUAAGACACUUUGAGUCAGUUUCUCACUCUGGGUAGAGAAGCAGAUUCAGACACAUAUGGUCCCCACAAGGCAGCUUAAUCUUGUGUGUGACGCGUCCCCACAAAGCCUGUUGUGUUUUUUGAAAAAUUCCAUGUGUAUUUUAAUGUAGUUAUGGCAAAUUUAUUCUUUUUUUAUUUCUCUAAAUCAAAUAUAUUUUUGUUAUUUGAUCCACAGGAGACUAGGGGCCUACUGCAUAACCCGGAGGUGGACAUCCCCAAUCCCUCCACACAGCCACAGGCUACCAAAGAUGACACCAUUGGUCAAGAUAGCACCUCUGAUCAGGUGAGUCAUAUUUAUCACCUUACAUUUCAUAUUAAAACCAUUCUUCUGUCAGAUUUGAUGUCUUACAAUGCUAAAAAGUGACAAAAUAGGGUAAAAAAUCAUGAAAUUCAGUUUAAACCAGUGCACUGGGCAGUCAAAUGUAAACAACAUAGAAGCUUGGUGGUUUGUAUGAGAUACAGGUUAUGGUCUGAGCCUGCUCUGGAGUUUUCUUAUUGAUUAAUUAUCAGUGUAUUGUAAACACUUACGAUGUCCCCAUAAGACACUUUGAGUCAGUUUCUCACUCUGGGUAAAGAAGCAGAUUCAGACACAUCUGGUCCCCACAAGGCAGCUUUAUCUAGUGUGUGAAGUGUCCCCACAAAGUGUAUUGUGUUUUUAGAAAAAAUCCAUGUGUAUUAUAAUGUAGUUAUUGCAAAUUUAUUCAAGUUUCAAUUUCUCCAAAUCAAAUAUAUUUUGUUAUGUGUAUCCACAGGAGACUAGGGGCCUACUGAACAACAUGGAGGUGGACAUCCCCAAUCCCUCCACACAGCCACAGGCUACCAAAGAUGACACCAUUGGUCAAGAUAGCCCCUCUGAUCCACAGGAGACUAGGGGCCUACUGCAUAACUGGGAGGUGGACAUCCCCAAUCCCUCCACCCAGCCACAGGCUACCAAAGAUGACACCAUUGGUCAAGAUAGCACCUCUGAUCAGGUGAGUAAUAUUUAUCACCUUACAUUUCAUUUUAUUACAAUUUUUUGUCAUGUUUGAUGUCUUACAAUGCUAAAAAGUGAAAAAAUAGGGUAAAAAAUCAUGAAAUUCAGUUUGAACCAGUGCACUGGGCAGUCAAAUGUAAACAACAUAGAAGCUUGGUGGUUUGUAUGAGAUACAGGUUUUGGUCUGAGCCUGCUCUGGAGUUUUCUUAUUGAUUUAUUAUCAGUGAAUUGUAAACACUUACGAUGUCCCCAUAAGACACUUUGAGUCAGUUUCUCACUCUGGGUAGAGAAGCAGAUUCAGACACAUGUGGUCCCCUUAAGGCAGCUUAAUCUAGUGUGUGACGCGUCCCCACAAAGCCUGUUGUGUUUUUAGAAAAAAUCCAUGUGUAUUAUAAUGUAGUUAUGUCAAAUUUAUUCUUUUUUAAUUUUUCUAAAUCAAAUAUAUUUUUGUGAUUUGAUCCACAGGAGACUAGGUGCCUACUGCACAACAUGGAGGUGGACAUCCCCAAUCCCUCCACACAGCCACAGGCUACCAAAGAUGACACCAUUGGUCAAGAUAGCCCCUCUGAUCAGGUGAGUCAUAUUUAUAACCUUACAUUUCAUAUUAAAACCAUUCUUCUGUCAUAUUUGAUGUCGCAUAAUGCUAAAAAGUGACAAAAUAGGGUAAAAAAUCAUGAAAUUCAGUUUGAACCAGUGCACUGGGCAGUCAAAUGUAAAGAACAUAGAAGCUUGGUGGUUUGUAUGAGAUACAGGUUUUGGUUUGAGCCUGCUCUGGAGUUUUCUUAUUGAUUUAUUAUCAGUGUAUUGUAAAAACACUUAAGAUGUCCCCAUAAGACACUUUGAGUAAUUUCUCACUCUGGGUAGAGAAGCAGAUUCAGACACAUGUGGUCCCCACAAGGCAGCUUAAUCUAGUGUGUGAAGUGUCCCCACAAAGCCUGUUGUGUUUUUAGAAAGAUUCCAUGUGUAUUAUACUGUAGUUAUGUCAAAUUUAUUCAAGUUUUGAUUUCUCUAAAUCAAAAAUAUUUUGUAAUGUGUAUCCACAGGAGACUAGGGGCCUACUGAACAACUGGGAGGUGGACAUCCCCAAUCCCUCCACCCAGCUGGAGGCUCUGAUAGAUGACACCAUGGGUCAGGAUAAAACCUCUGAUCAGGUGAGUCAUAUAUAUAACUUUUCAAUUCAUUUAAAACCUUUUCUUUUAAAAUAAGAUAGGGUUAAAUUAGAAGCACCUGUUGAUCCUCUAUGGGAAAUGUCAUUACUUUCAUGUUUUUUUUUUUCUUAUACAGCUAAAAAGUGACAAAAUUGGGUAAAAAAUCAUGAAAUUCAGUUUGAACCAGUGAAUUAGGCAGUCAAUUGUAAAGUUUGUAGAAGCUCGGUAGUUUGUAUGAGAUACAAGAUCAAUCUGAGCCUGCUCUGGAGUUUUCUUAUUUAUUAAUUUUCAGUACAUUGUGAACACUUACGAUGUCCCCAUAAGACACUUUGAGUAAUUUCUCACUCUGGGUAGAGGACCAGAUUCAGACACAUCUGGUCCCCACAAGGCAGCUUAAUCUAGUGUGUGAAGUGUCCCCACAAAGCCUGUUGUGGUCAAUAGAAAAAUCCUGCAUAUAUUAUUUAAUAUAAACAUCAAGGCACCUUAUCUGUAAUGUACUAGCUUUUUACAUGCUUAACACAGCCUUAAAAAAAAUGCCAUACUGCCAAUAUAUCCACUGCACUGAUAAAAUUUGGUAGUAAAGGGACAAUUCAAUUUUAUUAAGUGUAUAUUCUGUUAUAUUGGAAAUAUGAUGUUUAUAGUUUCUUUUGUUGUCAGAUUGUCGCCUCUCAGAGUGACGUUGAGAUCUCUGUGCCAAAGUUGAGACGGACCAAAAGUGUCAUUGUAAGUUUCAAAAUUGAAGUCAUUAAAUAUAAGAGCCGUGAAUGCCUCUGACUUUUUCUCAAAGCUGAGGGAAAUGGCAAAUGUAAAGACAUUCCACAUUUCAGUAUUCAAAACAUCUCUGAAGAAAUUUUUUUUGUCUUAGUUUUCAGCAAAUUUGAUGUAAGGUUUAAAGUCAGAUCAUGAAUAUGCAAUAUUAAUCUAACUGUGUUUAAAACAUGAGAGUAGACACCUGUCUCAUUGCAUCUUAGAAAUGUUACUAGUCUGGAUCUUUGGCUGUUUUUCACUUAAGUGAGAGACCUGUCUCUUGUCAAGGCCAAAGUUGUGUGCAAAUAUAACUGAGUGGCCUCAUGGUUACCAAGACCUGGCAGAGGUUUUGUCUUAGUGAACACUGUAAAGAAGCAAUUGAGCAUAAUUGUACAUGCUUUCCAAAACUGAAAUAACAAAAUCAGUCCAUAACAUAUGUUUCCCUUGAAUAUUUCUCUGUACUGUUUGUUAACCAAAUUGAAAGUUUUACAUAUUUUGAGUUACAUUUCUUUUUUUUAGAUGAAAGACAUAAAUCUUGAAGAUUCUGCUGAACUGUAUGAUUCUGCAUCUGAGAGUGGAGAUGAUUACAUUCCAGAUACCACAUGCGAAAGUGACAGUGAUAGUGAUACUAGCCUUCACCUUAGCCCAAAGACUCAAAGGUCUCUUGCUGACAAAACUUAUGUUCCUGACCCAGUGAGCUCCCCUGAAGUUGACAGCACAACGCCAGACCAUCUCUUUCUUCCAUCCAAAGCCACUGGAGCAGAAGAAGAGCCUUGCUCAAGCCAGAACAUAAAUGACGUGAUAGUUGUUACUGCAUGCCAAAAGAGAGCUGGGAAAAGAGUUUAUGACAAAAGACAUUAUUGUCUGUAUUGCUCUAAGCCUUAUGCAAAGAUGGCCAGACAUCUAGAGGCUGCACAUAUGGAUAUAUCCAGUGUAGCCAAAGCUCUAAGCUUUCCAAAGGGCUCCAAGAAAAGAAAAUUACAACUAGAUUAUAUUCGCAACCAAGGGAACUUUGCACACAAUGCUGCAGUCAUGGAGUCAGGAAAGGGGAAACUUGUUGCAUUCAAACGACCAGUUGAAGAGUUAGAGGGAAAGGACUUUAUGCAUUGUGCAUAUUGCCAAGCACUUUUUACCAGAAAAGUCCUGUGGCGACACAUGCGUAGAUGUAGACUCAGACCUGAAUCAGUCACCCCCAAACCAGGAAAGAACCGUGUCCAGUCCAUGUGUAAAUAUGCAGAACCUGUGCCUUCCUACAUAAAAAAAGAACUGUGGGAAGUAAUCAGUAGCAUGAAUCCUGACCCAAUCACUGACAUCAUAAAAAAUGACAAAGUCAUUCUUGAUAUUGGACAACACUUGCUAAACAAAGGUGGGUCAUCAGACAAAAAUAAACAGAAUGUGAGAGAGAAGAUGCGAGAAUUGGGAAGGUUGAUCAAGAGUGCCAGGAGAGGCACCACAUUAAACAAAAUGGAGGACCUCAUCAAUCCAGAGAAGUACAUGGAGACUGUCAAAGCUGUCAAGCUUACAUGUGGGUAUGAAAGUGACACAAACAAGUUCCUCAUUCCAUCACUGGCUAUCAAACUUGGAAAUGCCCUGGUUAAAGCAAGCAAACUAUUAAAAGCUCAGGCUUUAAUAUCCAACAACAACGAGCUUGUGAAGAAUGCCAGUGGGUUUCAAGAGGUGCAUCAGGAGAAGUGGAAUGAAGUGAUCUCAGCAACUGCCUUGAGAAACAUCAGGGAAGCAAAGUGGAAUGUCCCUACUCUUAUGCCCUUUACCCAAGAUGUCCAAAAGAUGCACACUUAUCUCAGUCAAAUGCAAGAUGAGUGGCACAAAUCUCUCUCAGAAAGUCCCUCUACAAGAGCCUGGAUGGAGCUGGCAAAGGUGUGUUUGGCCCAGAUUAUUCUCUUUAACCGUCGCAGGGAGGGUGAGGUGUCAAGCAUGCCCUUAUCGGCAUUUUUAUCAAGAGACUCCACUGAUGCACAUGAGGAUGUGGACUGGGCACUCUCUGAAGUGGAGAAAAAGCUGUGCAGACACUUCUCAAGGAUUGUCAUCAGAGGUAAACGUGGUCGGCCGGUCCCAAUACUUCUGACUCCAAAAAUGCUGUGUUUACUGGAACUCCUUGUCAAACAGAGAGAGGCUUGUGGGGUUCUAAAUGAAAACUGUUAUAUGUUCGCAAGACCAGGAGCAAUGUCACAUUUCCGAGGUUCAGACUGCCUCCGUAGCUUUGCAAAGGGGUGCAAUGCAAAGUGUCCAAGGUCACUGACAUCGACCAGACUUCGAAAGCAUGCUGCAACUCUUUCGACAGUGCUUAACAUGACAGAUACGGAGAUGGACCAGCUGGCCAACUUUCUUGGCCAUGACAUCAGAAUCCACCGAGAGUUCUACAGACUCCCUGAAAAGACCCUACAGCUUGCCAAGAUAAGCAAGGUUCUAAUGGCACUUGAGCAAGGAAGAUUAUCUGACUUUCAUGGCAAGAACUUAGAUGAAAUAAGGAUAGAGCCAGAUGGUAAGUUAUUUUAUUUGACUUUUUUGUUUUGCUUUGUUUACCAGAUUAUUUAAUUCACAUUGGAAGAAUGUACUCUGUACUACUUUCACAGAAAAAGUUCUUGACAGUGAAGAAGAAGAGGAUGACAGGAGCAUCCAGGGGGAAACUUCUACUGUUGAAGGUAUGUCUUGUCAGUUAAUUACUGAUGACAUACCAGUUACCAGCUAUUCUAAUACACUAGUUGUACUCUAACCCUCUGGUAAAAAUUGUUAGUCCCCCAUCUCAAUCUUUUAAUUAACUGACAGUUGAAAGGGAGAGUAAGUUAUCAAGAAAUCUUUACUUGGGUCUGUCAUGGCAUAAGAUUUUUAUCAUGGGCCAAAAGAAAUUCACUCUUUAUAGAAAACUUGGCAAAAAAUGACACUGUCAUGUCAAAUUAAUCUUGAACUUUGUCUUUUUUUUGCAAAAUACUCUGAACAUGCUCACAAAGAGAUGGAGAGAGACUACACAAAUUUUGGUGAUUAUCCAUCACCUCUGAGUUUGAGGAGAUGUGUGCUCAACGAGAUGAUAUAAUUGACAUUCAUAAAUAAAUAUCAAUUUCUCUACACUUCUUGAAAAUGUGGAAUUUGGUCUUUGUCCAUAGAACCAUCAGCAGAGGGGUUGUGUCCUCCUACAGAAGAGAGUGAAAUGCAGCAGUCAGCAUCCAAAAGACGCAGACCACCAUCACCAGGUGAUGAGGUACCUCCAGGUGGGGCUAUGAAGCCUUCCUCCAAAGGUAACUAAGCUGCUUGAAUUCACACCUGAUUUUCGUCUUUGCUGUUUUAAUUAAUAAUUAUUUUGAUUUAAACAUUUUGGUGUAGAAUUGUCACUGUUGCAACUGAUUUGUUUUGCUUUAGUUGCACAGAAAUAUCAAGAUUACAAAGCUUAGGAUCUUGUCAAGGGUUUCAUGCUUAUUCCGUUAAAUACAGGGCUUUUUCAAUUCAUUUUAGAGGAUAACCCCAAUGCAGUAAUAACAAUUAUGCAGGAGUGCUUGUACAAAAUGUGCAUCACAUUUAUUUCAAAAAGAAACAAUAAAGUUCAUAGCUUCAUGAACUAAAUGUUAUUUUCAAGAGUUGAACUUUUUGAAAAUUAUUUUAUUUACAUUAAAAACAGUCCUUACUGUUUACAUUCAGGCAUGAAAUAAAUGUAAGGAAAUCACACAGAUGAAAAUGUAUUUCUAUUCAUCAGCGCAAAUAACUACAAAAAAUGGCAUACACUAAUUAUUUUUCUUUGCCCCUUUUUUAAUCACAAUUUUGUUUUUCUGGCCGCCUCAAGGCAAAGCUCCCCAGAAAAAACAGAAGAAAAUGCCCUGGCAACAGAGAGAGGUGCAGGCGGUGGAAAGGCACCUGAAAAGAUUCAUUACAUCCUGCAUUGUACCAUCCAAAAGCGACUGUCAGAAGUGUUUAAGUGCUGAACCAGAAGCUCUGAAGGACCGCACCUGGCAGAACGUAAAGUUCUAUGUGUACAACCGCAUUACAGCUUUCAAAAGGAAAGUGCAACUUCAGUAAUUUGAGAUAACCAUUCCUACGGUAGGUCAUUUUUUGUUAAUAUUCACUUGUGGAUCACACUGAACACACUGCCUCCUUCUGCACUGUAUGUUCAGUGUUUCAGUGCCAACUAAAAUCAGUUAGUUAUUUGCAAGGAAGCGUAAAACCCUCCACACUUUUCCUUUUUCUCUCAGUCUGCUGAGUGAUGUUUUUCCUUGUUUAAUCUGGUUACUGAAGACCUUCUUUUGUGUCCACAGUUCACAUUUUCAGUUCCUAUGGAGAACUCAGGCAUUAAGACUUGAAAUUGUUAGAAGUUUGAGUGAGUUUAUACUAAAUGUGAUAUUGUUGGGUGUCUACUUAAAUUCACACUGAUGAUAGAAUGAUGGUGAUGUAAUCACUUUGCAGAACUCAGGCAUUAAGAUUUUUUUCUUUUUUUUUUGUUAUCUAUUUGACUCCAAACUUUUUGUUGGUGUGUUGGAUUUAUUUCAGGAGUUGUAUUCAUUAAAAAUUGAGUGUUGCCAUUUAAAAAAUUCUGG